AUGUCAGCUAUCAAUGGUACGAACGGGGUUGAGGGGACCAACGGCGUCAAUGGUGCGAGAGAUGUGCUUCCGCUGCCUAUGGUGCCCGAGGAAAUCACCGCCGAAUGGCUGGGAAAAGUUUUGAAUCAAAAGGUGAAGUCGAUUGGUAUCACAAAUAGCAUUCUCGACGCUACAGCUAGCAAGAUCUUCGUCACCAUCACCUACGAAGAUGAGAAUGACAGCACUCCAAGGCCAACCUAUGUCUGCCUCAAGGGCGGAUUCAAUCCAGCUAUGCUGAACUUGGAAGGCUACAGCGACAUUUUGAAGUUGAUGUACUCUCGGGAGGUCAAGUUUUUCAACCUCGUCGCCCCAAAGCUCAGUAAUAUCUCCCUUCCCAAACUGUGGUGGGCUGGGGAGAACCCAGAUCAGGGUCAAGCCAUUGUUAUUAUGGAGGAUCUCAGCAAGGAACAUACUUUCGGCGACCCUGUUGAUGACUGGUCUAUUGACCGUGUCCGAUCUGGCCUUGAGCAGCUCGCUGGUCUCCACGCCGGGACUUGGGGUUCCACCGUCAGCGGAGAGAACUCAUGGCUAACGCCUGCGUACGAACAUGUCAUGAUUGGUCUCACAAUGAACUGGGAGGCUAUGGUGCUCGGUGAUGACCGCCCACCCAUCCCAGAAAGCAUCAGAGUCCAAGAGCGUACGGUUGCCGCCAUGAAGAAGCAUUUCGCUACCAAAAACCCCAAAUACGUUGCCGUCCUUCAUGGAGACCCUCACUCGGGCAAUACGUUCCUUGACAAGGCAGGCAAGCCAUACUUCCUCGACUGGCAAACCAACCAUAUCGGCUGUGCCUUCCAUGAUGUUACGUACUUCAUGAUCGGUGCUUUGUCUGUGGAGGACCGCAGAGCUCACGAAGUUGAGUUGUUCAGCCAUUAUCUUCAAGCUCUGGCUAAGGGUGGAGGCCCUAGCCUCUCGGUUGAAGAUGAGGAGGUGAUGAAGGAAUACAAGAAGUCUACCAUGUGUGGAAUGGGAUGGAUCCUCACCCCAUAUCAGAUGCAGCGCAAGGAUCGUGUUUGGGCCAUGUGCGCGCGAUAUACGGCCGCUAUGGAGGAUCACAAAGUGAUUGAACUCGUCGAGUCGCUUCCAGAACCCUCCGAGCAGUAG